AUGGAUAACAAAUAUAGUUUGAUAAAGGUAGAUAAUUUUGAAAUAAAGCAAUAAGAAAAUAAGAAAUAUUACAUCAAAGCCUUAGAUAGACUACUUUCAUAACUUGAGAAGCAUAAGCUUAGUUACACUAAAUUAUAAAUUACCUAACCAAUAGUCUAGAUAAAGGGAGCUAGAACUAUUUGGUAAAAUUAUUCAUAAAUAUGUAAUUAAAUAAAAAUGAACUCUAAGCUUGUAAACUAGUACUUUUAUGCUUAGUUUUGGGGGAAAGUGUAUAUAAAUAAUAAUAAUAAUAUAGUUCAAUAAGAAAUGAAUAAAUGAUCAUAUUAGGAUAAAGAAUUAAAAGUAAAGUUAUUUAGUCUUACCUUAGGGAAUUUUUAAGUAUUUAUAUACUUUUAGAAGUAGAAGAAUAAUUAAUUUGUUAAUAAUGCAAAAUGGCAGAUACAAAAUUAGUGAAAGAUAGAAAAAUCAAAUUGAUUAGUAAGGAAUGCACAACUUGCAAAGCUACUUGUACUGUAGAAGGAUCAAAAUUUAAAUACUUUAAAUUUCCUUGA